AUGGCGGCCACUGUCAAAUCCUUUUCACACAUCUUGCUGGAUAUCGCCGCCGGGAUAUCCCUUCAUCUUCUAGUCCUUCGACAUGGGGAGUGGGAUUUUGCCCUGCCACCCAUAAUUGUCAAUUUGGUUGGUGUUUGUGUGCCGCUUAUGGCUAUUGGAGCGCUAUUGUUUCAUAAUAGAAUCGAUGUUUUCUGGGCUGGGCUAUCGACAAUAAGCCUGCGUAUCCUGAGGGUCACCGGAAGCCUCUGUAUGAGCAUUCUGGUAUACCGAUGGCAAUUUCAUCGGCUGCGGCGAUUUCCAGGGCCCCUUGGGUCCCGCUUAUCGACCGCAUAUAUUAUGUGGAAAUCUGGCACGAGCAGGAAUGCCUUCGAGAUGGUCGCGGACUAUCACGAACAGUAUGGGGACUUCGUUCGAGUGGGCCCAGCGGAAUUAUCAGUCAAGCAUCCGGAUGCGAUCGCUGCCAUUCACUCAUCCAAGUCGUCAUGUAUCAAAAGCCCGUGGUAUGACAUAUUGCAGCCGCAUCGGUCCGUCUUUGGGACGCGAGAUAGAGCGGAGCAUCAACGUCGCCGACGUGUAUGGGACCACGCGUUUCGACCUGCUGUCGGGCAGAUCAUCGGUGAACUUGCGUUUGCAGAAUCGUUCGGCACGCUUGUCAAUGAGAAGCCACAUUAUAUGAUGCAGUAUCUGCAUGACUCGAAUGUAUCAACGGGAAUAAUGAUUCGCGCGUCAUGGCUUAUCAUGCUGUUCAGGAGUAUACCGAUCCUCAAUAGAGGAUUGCAGCAAUUCCUGGAUUUCUCUGAGACAGCAAUGGAAAAGAGACUGAAGAGAACCGAUCAACCGCGAGACAUCUUCGCUUGGCUUUGGGACGACUUUUCUGCCAAAUCACCCCAGACGAUAGAAGCUAGGCGGAACCUGAUCGCUGAUGCUUCGUUAUCAGUGUUUGCUGGAAGCGACACGGUGGCCAUCACGAUGACGGGAAUCUUGUACUAUCUUAUGCUUUACCCAGAUUACCAAAAGCGACUGCAGGACGAGUUUGAUCAAGUCAAAACCCACAACGAUGGAUCAGAUGUACAUGACCUUACGAAGUUACCGCUUUUCAACGGCAUCAUCAAUGAAUCACUUCGACUUCACUACGCCGGGCCCUCAGGAUUCCCCCGAAUCACACCACCCGAGGGUAUACGGAUAGGAGAGACCUUCAUUCCCGGCGAUGUUAAUAUAAAGGUUCCAUUCUACGCCGUCUUCCGUGAUGAGCGGAAUUUCAAGCACCCCGACGAGUUCAUUCCAGAACGUUGGUACAGCCGUCGCGACUUAGUUCACCAUCCAGAGGUUUUCGUUCCCUUCCUGAUGGGGCCGUACAACUGUGUUGGUAAAAACGCUGCUCUUAUGCAGAUCAGAUGGACAAUGUACUCUCUUUUCAGCCAGUUUGAGGCACGGCCAUUGAACAAAGACCAGCUCCAGCAAUACUGGGACCAACGGGCUGAUGGGUUCAGUAUGGGGCUUGGCCCUCUUUGGACUGUAUUCAAGGAACGACCAGAGCGAGAGAGCUCUGCAGCUCACUGA